AUGUUAAGUUAUAUUGGUUAUGCGUUUAUAUUCGUUUGUGUUAGUGUGGGUCCCCGUGUGCGUGUCUGCGUGUAUAAAAGCGAAGACACCAAAGAGGAAGACAUUUUAUAUCUUUUCGAUAAAUCAGGAUCGGGAGACGUCCAUUACAUGACCCUGAAUAAUGAUAUUGAUCAAAUCGCCUAUAAACCACUCAACACUGUGCGCUGGGAACAAACUUCUAAUGUCGUCAACUUCGAAAUUGCCGUUGUUAACAAUAUGCUGUAUAUCAUUGGAGGAUACCAAAAAAACGCUGCAAUAUGUACAGGUCGGCUGUUAUGUUAUAAUCCUAAAGAUGGCACGUGGAGCAAAAGAACACCAAUGCCUACACCGAGAAUGAGAUUUUCAGCUUGUGUUAAAGAUAAUGUAAUAUACGUUGUUGGUGGAGAAAAAACUGGUGGUUGCCCGACGGAUUGUUUUGAAAUCUAUAAUACACAAACUGGUGUAUGGAAAGAAGGAAGUCGAUUGCCGUCACCUCGUGUUUGGAUUUCCUGUACAUUGUUAUCAGAAAAAUCACUUUUUGCAGCAGGAGGAACAUUAAAAGGAAAAGGUCGGAAUAACUUCUGGAUUUAUGAAUGUAGCCAAUGGCAAGAACUGGAUAAUCAUUGCCCUCAAACCCUGCCGAAAUGUCUGGACAGAAUGGUUAUGGCAUCAGUUGAAGAUACGAUAUACUUUAUCGGAGGAGUCACCACAGAAAAAGACAAAGGAAAGAAAGUCUGCAUGCAUACUAAUCCAAGAGUAUUUGCCUUCAAACCACAUGUUUCACUGGGCUCGUAUGAUUCACCUGACUUAAUCUGUCCAUGGGACCUUGACCUGCCUUCUCCUCAAUAUCCCCGGUGCAAUGCAACACAUUUAAAAUUAGGAUGCAAAAUAUAUCUAUUCGGAGGAUGUAAUUUUGAAACGGAAACUGCAGUCACACAAGUUGAAAGCUUUGAUACACAAACAAAAACGUGGGCGAAAGAAUUCCAGAUCGAUAAGAAAAACAUUUCCGAUAUUUCCUGUGCUGUCCUCUCUGGUCCCACCGACAUCCUAUAUCAUAAAAAGUUAUAUAAAUGGCUUCCAGCAAUGAUUCCUCGUCGCUACAUUCUCUGGUAAAAAUAAUAAGCAACAGAUUUUCAACAAUGAUAUAAAAAUGACCGUUAAACAGACGAAAUAUUGGAAUGACGAAGCUGAACCAUCUCACCAAAUUAAAUAUUUUUAUUUACGAUUGACACCAUGUUUCAGAAAAUAAGAGUUGUAAUGCCAGAUUUUCAAACCAUUUCUUUUUCUCCCUCUCUCUAUCUAUCUAUCUACCUCUCUCUCUCUCUCUCUCUCUCUCUCUCUCUCUCUCUCUCUCUCUCUCACACACACACACACACACGCACACACACACACACACACAAACACACACACCGCUAUCUCUCCCCUCUCUCUCUUUCUUCUAUUUUAAAUUUUCCUGGGAUGAAAUCCUGAUGUAUUCCUUAUGCAGCACUCAGUACGAACUGAUGCCUGUCUACACAUUAAGAAUUGUACUCAUUUGUUAAGAAAUCAACUGGAGCAGAAGCCUUAGUCAUGAAUGAUGUAAAAAUAUUUCGUAGAGUAAUAUAUAAGUCAAGAAAGAAGACCAUGACUCAAGGUAACUCAAGCUUAAUAUUCAUUACAACUAAGUUCGGUACAAUUCCGGCCUCUCCGCUACACAAUGUGUAUAUAAACAAUGUUCACAGCAUCAUGCUUGAUAAUUUAUAGGUAAUUUCUUUCGAAACAAUAGCACUAAAAUAAUUGUAAGGAAUAUUAAACUUGUACUACACUGAUUCUUCGUUUUCAUCCUUGACUAUAUAUAAUAUAUAUGUAUAAGGCGCGAGCUGGCAGAAACAUUAGCACGCCGGGUGAAAUGCUUAGCCGUAUUUCUUCUGUCUUUACGUUCUGAGUUCAAAUUCCGCCGAGGUCGACUUUGCCUUUCAUCCUUUCGGAGUCGAUAAAUUAAGUACCAAUUAUGCACUGGGGUCGAUGUAAUCGACUCAAUCCCUUUGUCUGUCCUUGUUCGUCUCCUCUACGUCCUUGCUUGUCUGUCCUUGUUUGUCUCUAUGGCUGUGGGUGAUAAAGAAAUAAGAAAAUUUCGCAGGCCGGGCGAAAUGCUUAGCGGUAUUACGUCUGUCUUUGUGUUCUGAGCUCAAAUUCCGCUGAGGUCGACUUUGCAUUUCAUCCUUUCGAAGUCGAUAAAUUAAGUAGCGGUUGCAUACAAGGGUCGAUCUAAUCGACUGGACCCACUCCCCAAAAUUUCGGGCCUUGUGCCUUGAGUAGAAAAGAAUAUGAUAUAUAUGUAUGUGUGUGUAUUUUUGUGCGUCUUUUGUGCGUGUGUGUGUGUGUGUGUGCGUGUACUGGUGGAUUACAUUACAAUGCUUAAAUUAAGCAUAAAAAUAUAUCCUUCAUUUGAAUCAGAAAUUUAUGAUAAAACUGCUUCAAAGGACUUAUUGAUAUAAAUCUGAGAUGACAUUCAAAUGUUUCAUCUCCGUCAAACCUGUUCAAUAUCUAAGCCUAAAUCUAAAACUUAAUAGUUUAAAAGACGUGAGUGAAACAAUCUCAAUUCAAAUUUCAAGGUUAUUAUUUCGAUUAAAUAUUAUAAUAAAAUAUCACAAUAAAUUUCUUAAAUAAAGUCGUACAAUAAAUAGUUCAAUCUUGA